AUAAUUAUGACACCGGGUACCUGCUGUCGCAUGGCUACAUGUAAACACUUUGGUUCAAGAGAGGUCAGUUGUUCCGUUAGGAUGGAAGGAAUGUAUUGAUUUGCGGACGGAUUUACUUCAGACGUGCAUGUAACAUUUCUUAAAUACAAGACAUCGCAUGAGGUAGGAGGUUAUGAGUAGAAUCACAAUGGAGAGAAAUGGUCCUAUGCAGAAUGGGGCUUCCCGCAUACCUCGCUUUGAUCAUAGUAUCAGAAACAAUGCCAAUUCAAAUGCAUUUAAUAGUCAGCAGCCCUUGCCAAGUCUCGGUUCAAACAACAAACCAUCUAAAUUGGAACAAAUGCAAAGAGAUUAUCAAAAGAAUAUUAUUAAAGAAAAAGAAGAAAAAAUAAUAACAAUGUAUGAAGAGAAUCAAAGAAAAGCUCUGAGCAAAGUUAAUCAGAAAAAAAGUCAUUUAAGGGAAUUUUUUAAUGAAAGAAGAACAGGAAGUAGUGGGAGUCUAAACUCAACAACACCGACCAUGGAACAACUUUAUCAUCAAAAGAAACUAGAAACUCAGUCUGUGUCACCACAUACUUACCAAGGGUAUAAUGGUCCUCUUAGAAAUAAACCUGUUUCAAAUUAUCCAAAUUACAAUAGAGGCAAUCUUAAUGAAAAGAAAGCUAGUGCAGGACGUGAUAGAGGUAACCUUCUUGCCCCUAUUCAGCGUGACAAUUCAGAUUCUGAAAACCCUUUUGCAAAGCGAAAGGCUCAGAUUGUGAGACCAAGAACUUACAAAGGUGUUCAAAAUAGAAGAGACUAUCCUGAAAACGAUAGAAUACCAAAAAGUGCACCAAAUGGGAUUAAUAAUGGUUUUCUAAAUGAUAACAAUGAAAACAUGGAAGAAGAUAGUCCUUUACCAAGUACACGACAGUUUCAGCAUCUUCAACAGAAAAGAAAGAUGUUACAAGAUCAGAGACAGAGCAAUAAGGCUCGCACCCAACAACUGAACACCCGAAAACCUCCACCAAGAAGAAAUGGCAAUUAUGAAUACGAGACUUCAGAAGAAGACGAGGGUUUCAAUGAUGAAUCAGGUAGUAACUCUACCGAGGAUGACAUGAAGAAGAAACAGCAAGAACUGUUGGCUCAGAUAGAGGCGCAACAAAGAGAACUAGAAAAGUUGAGGAAUGACAGAAUGAAUGCUGAACUAGCGGAAAAGAAAGAGUUAGAGCGAAGAAGAAAGUUAGAAGAGGAGAAAAGAAAGAAAAGAAUAGAAGAAGAGAGAAGGAGAGAAAUAGCAGAAGAAGAAGAAAGAGCCAGGCAACUGUGGGAAGAAGAAAAGCAGCAAAAACUUUUGUCAGAAAAGAAAAGAAUGCGUCAAAUUUCCCAGAGUUCUCAUGAUUAUGAUAGUAACUAUGGAAACAGUAAUAAUUAUAAUGACAGGCAAUCCACUGCUUCACCUGAAUCACAAUAUCAUUAUGAGAAAACACACACACCCGUAGCCCCACCUAAACCUAAACCCAAUAACACAAGGAAGCCUGCCCCUAGAAAACCGCCCCCUAAAGCUAGGUCACCCAGCCCCCUCCCGUCAGGUGAUCACACAGCUCUUUAUGACAAUGCUGAUCAUAUGGAAGGUGCAUUUGAAAAUGUUGGUCGUCUGAAAGCUUGUUAUAAUUGUGGGCGUAAGUUUGCAGAAGAUCGUCUGCCAAAACAUGAACAAUCUUGUAAGAACAUUACUAAGAAGAGGAAAGUGAUGGAUCCAACUAAAGUUAGGACAAGAGGUACGGAGCUUGAGCAGUAUGUUGGGCAUAGACAAAAAACGCCUCCAAAGACAAAGAAAAAUAACUGGAGAUCUAAACACGAGAGUUUCAUGCAGGCUAUAAAAUAUGCUAAAAAGGCGAGUCAGAUUGAGAGGGAAGGUGGCAGUCUUGCCGACUUGCCGCCACCACCUCCAUCAGAAAAUCCAGACUAUGUGCAAUGUCCUCACUGUUCGAGAAAGUUCAACGAGUCGGCAGCUGAGAGGCAUAUACCUCAUUGUAAAAACACGAAAGCAAGAGCUAAACCACCUCCACAAAGAAGAAGAUAAAAACGUUAUUAAUUUUUUCUUCUGAAAGAAGUAAAAACUAAAUUUGUUCUUACGAAACUUGAAACAUUUGUAAACAAAUUUUUUAUCUUUAUCCAUUACUUAAGAUUGUAAAAACACCAAAGGGAGAGCAAAAACACCUCCAUGCUAGAGAAGAUAAAAUUGUGUUCAAAUUUUUCUUUUCUGACAUUAAAAACUAAAUUGUUCUUACGAAACUAAAAAAAUAUGUAAACCAAAUUUUGUUAUUGCAUUCAGAAAGUAACCUGUUCAUGAUUUCAAAAAAAAUAAUUUUGUAAAAAAAGAAAAUAGAAAUUAAGCCGAUUUCAAUUCAUUGAUGUAAUAUUUCAACAAAUUUAUACAUAGUGCAGUAAUCAUUUAACUCCUAUAAAAUCAUAUAAGGAGUUAACCUGUUACCGCUUUAAGGUGAUGAUAUGCAAAUGUUCAUAGGUAUGUAUGUGGAUUUGUUUUAUCCAUGACUGUUGCUGAAAUUUGCUUUAAAUAUCAAGAAGAUAUUUAGAUUUAUUGAAUAUUUUCAAGUGAAUAUAAAAAUUCAUUAUUUUCUUGUAUUUUUUAAGUAAAAUUUUUUAACAGUGCAUUUAUAUUGAUAUUUCUUUUGUUAAUUAUGUCACUUUAGAGAGUUUUCUUUUUUAGAGGCAAAUAUUUUAUUGCAAUAUGUAUAGGUGAUGUUCUAAGUUAAUUAUAUUUUAAGGCAAUUAGAGUUUUGUUCACUCAAUUACUAUUUUUCCAAUCAAUGUGUCGGCUCUUUUGCAGGGAUCUCUUUCUGUUUGUUUUCCUGUCUUGUUGUUUUUUUGUUUUAUUUUGAAACUGUUGUUUCUUUGUUAAUUUUCUGAACUAUUACAUUAGACUAAAGUCUUUAAAAUCAUAUUUUCCUGUUUCCAUUUUCAAAUAUAUAAUAUAUGUAUCACGUGUAUUUUUCUUUUUCAAUUUCCAGUUAAAGAUUAUAAAUUGUUAUUUCAAAAUUAACAUUUUCAUUUUUCACUAUAUAUCAAUCACUUUUGAUAUUAUUAAGCUGGAAAUUCACAGUCUUCCCAUAUAUUUUAAAUUUACUGCUCAGAGUCAAUAGUUAUUCUUGCCACAACAAAAUAUACAAUCAUUUAGUUUUAUAUGAUAAGGAAUUGUUUAGAAAUCUGUGUAUAUGUAUUAGGUUAAUUCCAGUGACAUAUCAACACUUUUGAGCUUUGACCAUCAUAAUUGUAUCCCAUUAAAAAACAACUACAACUAUUUUGCAUAUGCAUGUAUGCAUGAACAGUUUUAAUCACCCCGCACAGGGGCUCUGCCGGGAUGUAAGUGAGACUUUAGCUUAAAGCAUUAAGGUUUUCAUAAUAUCUGAGAUAUAAACAUAAUUAUGAAUUAGAUUAAAUAUACUAUGGCUUUGUAUUCUAGACUACAUUUAUUUUAUCUAAAAUUGUAUAAAAGGAAUAAAAGGAGAAACUUCUAAAUUGAUUUCACACACAGGCCCUAAGAUCUGAUUGUAAAACGCUUUAUACAAAUAGAUAUAAACUUUUCAAAAUGCUAAGUAUAUAGAUCUGUAAUUGCAAAGCCUUUGACACCAGUACAGAGACUUGCAUGCAGUCAGACCACGCUUUAAACUGUUUGCUAGCAUGUAUGUGUUUUAAACCUAAUAAGGGUCUAUCCGCCCAUUCAGGCACUGAGAGUAUGAACCCCGGACAUAUCACCAAUCAUGUACUUAACUGUUAGCUGACCAACUUCAACAUUUUCAUUAAUUCAUUGAUUAUGGACGGAUCCAAAAUUAAAGUUGGACAAGUCCAUUUGGAAAUUCAGGUGAUUCAAUUUGUUAAGUAAUGAGGAAGAACUUGUAACGUAACUUUUUAUGUUGAAACAAUUUAUUUAGGUAUAGCUGUGACGUCAUUAGUUUUAUUGACAUCUUUAAGUGUUUCUUUAAUUUAAUUGAUGUCAAGGUGAUGAAAUAAUUAACCAUGAAUAUAUUCCUUAAUAAGAUGUGUUCAUACAAUUGUUUACUUGUUCAUUUAUGUCAUUGUAAUUUCUCAAAUGUGUUAUCCGUCCAAUAUAAUUUAUGUUUAAAAAAUAUAUGUGCUGCCUCAUUCAAGUAAUGUUCCUUUUUUCUUAUUAUUAAUAUUCAAUAUACAUGUAAUUUGUGUUAAUAGAAUUGGAUUUUUUUAUAUGUGCUGUCUUAUGUAAAGUGCAGUAAUUUAUGUAUAGAUUGUGUAUAUUCAUUUUUUUUGUCUCCAGAGGUUGAAUCUGAUUUGUAUAUGCCUGCCAAUUUAUAAGUGAUAAAGUAUAAAAUAUUUAUAGAACAUUGUUUUUAUAGAACCAGCGUUUUUCUUAAAGGCACAUUAUGCUUUAGAAUUAAAUCGAUUUUAGUUCUUUUGAAAUAGCACAUAUGAGUUUUUCCAUAAAUAAGUAUUGUGUAUUGUAUUAAUUUCUUUUUUUCUUUGUCAAAUGUGAUAAAAAAAACAACUUUUAGUCAAAUGAACUCAAAGAAGUUUAUUUAACAUUUAUGAAAAUAUCUGAUAUGGUGUAGCUUUUGAAUCUUUGUUAAUGAAGUCUCAGAGCAGUGUUGUUAUUUUAUACUUGUACACUGCAUAUUGGUUGAUUUUAUUACUGUAAUCAUUAAUUACUGUGAGUGUUGUACUUGUAGAUUUGUAUUAAGAAUUUAGAUAAGUUGAUUGGAUUAAAUUGUUCCUAACUCUUGUUUUCUUCAGAAUACUGUAAGGAAGAAUUUAUAAUAAUUUAGUUCACUGCCACAUGUUGUCUUGCACAUUGUUAUAGCCAAUUGGUUUAAUUUUUAUUUUGUUUAGAAACUUAAUGGAACAAUUCGUACAUGAUUUACUUUAAAUCUUCUUGCUCUUUGGCUUAAUUAUAGUAGACUUGUCCAUUUUUUGAUCUGGACAAAAUCGGUUUCAUCUUCUUUAGGGGAAAAUUUCAAAAUAUGGAUUGACUGAAUAGUGAACAGUGCAGACCAUGAUCAGACUGCACGGAGAUGUGGCUAAUCUACUGGUAUACGUAACUACAGGUCUGCACUUGUCACAUGGGUAGACUCUGAAUUGUUACAUGUAAACUUAGGAUAAAUGCAGGCCAAUUACAUUUUGAACGAAAAUAAAAAACAAACAAAAAAUAUAUUUCUUAUAACUGAAAAAAAAUUUUUUGUGUAAAUGUUCGAGAGAAAAAAUAUGUGGGUCUGCAAUAUUUGCCAAUUUUCUAAAGAAUUAAAACACUUAUUUAUGUAUUCAAUUAUGUGUUCUAUAAGCCGGAUUAAAUUUGAGGGAGCAUGAAUCUUAUAAGUGAGGGGGGAGGGGGGAGGGAGAGAGAGAGAGGUUUCCCUUAUUAAAGAGUCUUGUCACACCAAAAGGUGCCCAGUAAUAUAUUGUUAUUUUUUAUACUUUAAAACAUUAAGAGUAAAUUGUACAAUUAAAUAAUUUUAACAUUAUGAAUAUUUUGUUGUUGACAAUUUUAAUUGGUGCCAAUAUGACAGAAAAUAUGAUGUGUGUUAGAGAGAUACGUUUGCAAUUACCUUAUGUGACGAUGUGACUGAAAUAUUUUUCUUGCUAGAAUUGCUGUGAUUGUGUCUGUGAUUAAAGUUAUAUGUCUGUGAUUAAAGUUAUAUGUCUGUGAUUAAAGUUAUAUGUCUGUGAUUAAAGUUACCACACCAAAAUUUUUAACAUUGUUUUUGUUAAUUUUAAUAGAGAAAUUUUAUCUAGAAUGUUAAAAAUUAGUUAAUAAAUGUGAAUUUUAAACAAGAUGUUUAUUGGGUCUGUGACCAUAUGCAAAACUCUUAAUCACAAAGUAAGGAUGAAAAACCUUUAAAGUUGCAUGCCUCCAGAUUAGCAAAGUAAGGAUGAAAAACCUUUAAAGUUGCAUGCCUCCAGAUUAGCCAAAAUAUUUUAAGGACAUGAACCCUGGGCAAAAAUGUACUAAUUUUUAAGAAAGGAAAAAAGAUUCAAAUUUGAAAUAUUAAUUUACAUGUAAUGGGUGAUUAACAAUUUAUUUUGGCAUUAUUCCUCACUAUAUUGUUACUCUGUGACUAAUGCAGUAAGGGCUAUUUUUGCAUAUUUUGAGCUCUGUUUGGUAAUGUAUGUUGAUUGUAAAUGCUGUUUGUGUAAAUUACUUUCUUUGUUCACUUCACUUUAAUAAUUAUGUUUUACUUUUAAAUUCAUUUUCAAAAUUUUCAUGAAAAACACGAUACCAUAGGCAUGCUGCUAUAAAUAUGAUACAAAGGGACAGAAUUUGAAAUAUCACAAAAAAUUAGAAGAAAACAGGAAUAAAUAUCUGUUCUAUAUUUGAUAAAUGAUCACUGAGUUGAGUUGAGUUGAGUUGUAAAUCAUGCAGUUUUCUUGAAUAAAGGGAGAAAACUCUAACACAUUUUACCAACCAUUGCUAGUAUAUUUUUUAUUUGGCCAGUCAAUUUGAUAUACAUUCUUUUUUUCUUUUUUGCAUACAGGGGAAAGGUUUUAUAUGAAAGCAUAAUUAUUAAAGUAAAAGAUACAUUUAACAACUUUUUUUUUCUAUCAAUAAAGCUUGAAAGCUACAUGAAUAUGCCAUCUGUUUCUAUAUAAGCAAACUCAAAAAGACUUGAAAAAUGUUGAAAAUGAUAUGAAGUUUUUUGUGGUCACAUGUACUCUAUAAACAUCUUGUAUUUUAAUUCAUCGAUAUAUUAAUUAUAAUUAAUUGUUUAAGAGUUAUACUAAAAAUUUAAAUAGUUAUAGCAUGCUAUAUGUUGCCAUUUGAAAGAUACAUUAUUUUAUGAAGAUUUUUAAACCUACACUAUUGUUAGGCAUUUGUAAUUACUUUAUGUUAUAUGUUUUAACAGAUUUUACCGUAAAUAAAACAUUAUGUUUA